CCUUCAAUGAUUGUGUUUAUUCGAUGUGAGUUGUGCGGGAGGAAAAUAUUGGCUAAUGAUACAUUUCAAUAAAAACAAUAAUAAAGCGAAAAGUUCCUGCUAGAACCAUAACAUUUGCAAUAUAUAUUUGUAAAUUCCUAAGGUUUAAUUGUAAAAAGUUUCAAACGCUACAAUUCUACCUACUUCUUAAAGUAACGUGAGUACUGUGCCUCAAAUCGAUAGGUUUGCACAUCUGCACGGACAUUUUUACUGAAAGAUUAGACCCUAAAAUGCCACAGGAAAUAAAACGCGAGCGAAAAAGUACCCAGUCGAUGAUGCAUUCGAAAAGAAGUCACUGGAAUGAAGUUCCUUUAUCACCCUGCCCAAUUCCGGACAUUAGCGAUGACGAGCUGGUUUCCAUAUCCGUGCGAGAUCUCAACCGUACACUGAAGCUGCGGGGCCUUACGCGUGAUGAGAUCGUGCGCAUGAAGCAACGCAGAAGAACACUGAAGAACCGGGGCUAUGCAGCCAGCUGCAGAAUCAAGCGAAUCGAGCAGAAAGAUGAGCUUGAAACGGAAAAAUCGCAAGAAUGGCGCGACAUGGAAGACAUGCAUGAAAACAAUCUUAAACUACAGGAUGAAGUGGAAACAAUGCGCAGCAAGUAUGAAGCACUGCGGAAAUUUGCCAUUAGCAACAAGAUUCCAUUGCCACCGGAGUUGGAUGUUUUGUAAAUUAUGGAAAAAUGAUAAGUUUGGUUUCGAUCCAUUAAAUGUAAAACAAAAAUAAAUUUUGUGUUGGACGUUCUUACAGAACCG